CGUAAAAAGUAAUGUAUGGUCCUGUGUUUUAUCUCUGGUUGUAUGAAAGCACCGAGCUUGAUUCUGUCUUAUAACCUGAUGUUCAUCUUCAGUCCCAUUAUGUUUUGCUUCUAACACAAUUGGUUGUCUACACAUGCUAUUCCUGAGUUCUUACCGACAAAUUGUUACAUGUUUUGUCUAAACGUUCUGACCGGCAUCCUUGCGCCAUGGCGCGAACCCGAUCUAGUUGGAUAAGAAGCAAGCGGCCAGGGAUAGCGAUCCCCUGCCAGCAUCCAUCCCCAAUCCCCACGACUGACGCGGGCGGCGAUUGCCAUGGCCGGUCGGCCGUUUCUCCGGCAACUCAUGGAGAUACCACGACCCGGGUGGAGCGCCGCCGAGCCUCGCGUUGGAGGCCGGAGAAGGCUGCGCCAGAGGACUCCGGGGAGGGCGUGCCGGCCCGAUUGGGCACAGGCGAAGAUGCCCACGACCGGUCGGCCGCACCACCGGCGGCAAGAGGACCUCCCGUCCCGCUCGUCCUCGGAGUAGGAGUCACCGGGGAGGUGGGUGCCAGAUACGACGCCGUUGGAAGCGCCAUUCGCGAGCCCGAGCGCCACUGGGCUCCAAGUGUCAGCGCCGGGGCCGGUUCGCCUCUGCGCCAGAUGCCCGUUGCUCGUGCGCCGGAUCACGCGGCCGAGGGCGGUCUCCCACCAUUGGACGCCGAUGAGGCGCCUUGCCGAUGGGGCCCGAGGGUUCGACCGCCGCCGUUCUUCGCGACGAGACUGUCCCUCAUAGAGGAAACAAAGGAAUUCAUGGCCACAGCGCGCUGCAGAAACGUCGGUCCUGAGGGCGGCCGCAGUAGCGGGCACCACCACGCCGACGAACACGUGAGCGAGCGAUGCUGUAGGGGGAAUCGUCGCGAGAUGGAAUCGCUCCGCCGGGAGCGUGCUGAUAACGUGUUGAAAGGGAAAACAAGAGAACAAUCGAGAGAGCCUCGGCACAGAUGUAAAAGUGAAUAAGUGUCCUUUCAUUAGAUGAUUGUAGGUAUUUAUACAGGCAGAAGGAAUGCAUCGAAGAGGCAUCCGUUCGGGAGAGAUGCCUCGGCACAGAUGUAAAAGUGAAUAAGUGUCCUUUCAUUAGAUGAUUGUAGGUAUUUAUACAGGCAGAAGGAAUGCAUCGAAGAGGCAUCCGUUCGGGAGAGAUGCCUCGGCACAGAUGUAAAAGUGAAUAAGUGUCCUUUCAUUAGAUGAUUGUAGGUAUUUAUACAGGCAGAAGGAAUGCAUCGAAGAGGCAUCCGUUCGGGAGAGAUGCCUCGGCACAGAUGUAAAAGUGAAUAAGUGUCCUUUCAUUAGAUGAUUGUAGGUAUUUAUACAGGCAGAAGGAAUGCAUCGAAGAGGCAUCCGUUCGGGAGAGAUGCCUCGGCACAGAUGUAAAAGUGAAUAAGUGUCCUUUCAUUAGAUGAUUGUAGGUAUUUAUACAGGCAGAAGGAAUGCAUCGAAGAGGCAUCCGUUCGGGAGAGAUGCCUCGGCACAGAUGUAAAAGUGAAUAAGUGUCCUUUCAUUAGAUGAUUGUAGGUAUUUAUACAGGCAGAAGGAAUGCAUCGAAGAGGCAUCCGUUCGGGAGAGAUGCCUCGGCACAGAUGUAAAAGUGAAUAAGUGUCCUUUCAUUAGAUGAUUGUAGGUAUUUAUACAGGCAGAAGGAAUGCAUCGAAGAGGCAUCCGUUCGGGAGAGAUGCCUCGGCACAGAUGUAAAAGUGAAUAAGUGUCCUUUCAUUAGAUGAUUGUAGGUAUUUAUACAGGCAGAAGGAAUGCAUCGAAGAGGCAUCCGUUCGGGAGAGAUGCCUCGGCACAGAUGUAAAAGUGAAUAAGUGUCCUUUCAUUAGAUGAUUGUAGGUAUUUAUACA